GUAGACAACUAAACAUGCAAUCUUCAACUUUUUUAUUUCUUUUUUUUUCCUUUAGUCUUCAUGAUGAUCCCUAGCUGACUCAUCCUCCAAAACCUCAAAAGUCACCUUGUUUUCUUUUAACCAUAUAUAUAUAUAUAUAUAUAUAUAUAUACUCAUUUAGAAUACAUUCAUUCAUCAACCAAAUUCCUACACCUCUUCAACAUUUUUUACAACCUACAAACAAAAUCCUCAAAGGCAAGAACAAGAUAUAACACUAAAAUGAAUACUUCAUUUCUUCAUGAGCUACUUAAUGGGAUCUCUAUCAGCUCAACUUAUCCGGCUGGGAAGUCCUCAAAGAGAUACUUGCCCGAUUCUUCUGGCAAAUACUGCAACUCUAUCACUAAAUCAAACAAAGGUAAAUUAAAUUCAGUUCUGACUAAGAUGACAGAUACUGUAAAAGGGAAACUGAGGCUGGGAACAAGAAUUCUUCGGGUUGGCGGAGUAGAGAAAGUGUUUAUGCAACUUUUUAGUGUUACAGAUGGAGAGAAACUGUUGAAAGCAUCACAGUGCUACUUAUCAACCACAUCAGGUCCUAUAGCUGGCCUCCUCUUCAUAUCAACUCACAAAGUUGCUUUUUGCAGUGAGAAAUCCAUCAAGAUCGCUUCCCCAAAAGGAGAAUUCAUUAGAGUUCACUAUAAGGUCUCUAUUCCGCAUGAAAAGAUAGAGCAUGUCAACCAAAGUCAAAAUAGGAAGAAACCUUCAGAAAAGUACAUAGAAAUAGUCACUGUAGAUGGUUUCGACUUCUGGUUUAUGGGUUUUUUUAAUUACCAGAAAGCUUUAAGAUAUCUCCAACAGGCUCUCUAUGAAUCUCAAAGAGAAAAGUUGUAGAAAUAAUCAAAUAGUUUAUCCGUACUGCUUCAUCAAUUAUUUUUUGAAGUUGCAGAGGUUCCAAAUAUAUACAAAUAUCUUACAUUAUAUUGUUAAUAUAAAAAGCUACUUGUUUUUUAAAGUUUCAGUCCAUACAUAAUUAAAGAGUUUUGUUGAUCUCAUCUAUUACUUAGUUUUCUAUUAACCAUGUUAAGUGUUAAAUGAUAUGAAUAAAGGGUGGCAAAAACUAUGCAGUAGUUUUUA